GUUGCUGAGCCCGGGGUCUCUGUGUGCGCGGCGGCUGCAGCCCGGUUCUUGCGCGGGGCGGGGGGGGGGGGCUGGAGGAGGGGAGCAGCGCGCAGCGGGGGGGAGACACCCAGGCGGAUCAUGGACAUCGAGAGGCUGCAGGAGGCUCUGAAAGAUUUUGAGAAGAGAGGGAAGAAGGAAGUGUGUCCAGUACUGGAUCAGUUUCUUUGUCAUGUUGCUAAGACUGGAGAGACAAUGGUUCAGUGGUCUCAGUUUAAAGGCUAUUUCAUAUUUAAACUGGAGAAAGUAAUGGAUGAUUUCAGAACCUCAGCUCCUGAGCCAAGAGGGCCCCCCAAUCCAAAUGUGGAAUAUAUUCCUUUUGAAGAAAUGAAAGAAAGAAUCCUGAAAAUUGUUGCUGGAUUUAAUGGCAUCCCCUUCACUAUUCAGCGACUCUGUGAGUUGCUGACAGAUCCUAGGAGGAAUUACACAGGAACAGACAAAUUUUUAAGAGGUGUGGAAAAGAAUGUCAUGGUUGUCAGUUGUGUACAUCCAUCUUCAGAAAAAAAUAAUUCCAAUAGUUUAAAUCGGAUGAAUGGUGUUAUGUUCCCAGGAAACUCACCAGGGUAUUCUGACAGGUCUAAUGUGAAUGGUCCUGGAACUCCCAGACCAGUAAAUCGACCGAAGGUUUCUUUGUCAACUCCUAUGACAACAAAUGGUUUGCCAGACAGCGUGGAACAUAAAGACUCAAGCUUGCAGCAAGCAGAAGACAAAAAACACAGUGAAUCACCAGCAUCUGAAUCAGAAGGUGCUCAGAGCAGCCCAGUAAAAAAUAAACAUUCUGAAGAUGAUCCUGCAGAAGCAGAAGGACAUGAGGUAAAAAGACUUAAAUUUGACAAGGAAUGGGAAGCCGGAGGUGCACCUAACCAAACUGCUUCCAGUGAAGCUUCUGUAGGCAUGGGGGAAGAGACAGAGACGUCCUCUACAUCUCAGGAUAAAGAAAAAGAUGCUACUUGUGCCAGGCAGCACUGUACAGAGGAAGAGGAGGAAGAGUCCUUCAUGUCUCCCAGAAACACUGGUCCAGACAGAAAAGAUCAAGAAAAAGACACUGAAUCCUCAACUGUGAAUGAAGAGACCUCUGAGGAGAACAAUCAGAUGGAGGAGUCCGAUCAGUCUCAAUCAGAGAAGGAUUUACACUCGGAUGACAGUGCAGCUAGUGUAUCUGCCGGUAGUGGAGCUGACUGCAGUGAAGCAGAGGAGUCAGGGUCCUAUGCUAGUGAAACUCCAGAGACAUCGUCAGAGACCCCGAUGGAAAAUAGCAGUGAAGCCACAGAAGCUGCAGAUGAACCUAUGGAGCAAGAAUAAUUUAAAUACACUUAGAUGCAGUAUUUUCCAUAAGGCUCCGGUUUUACACUGUAUAAAUAAUUUUAUGUAAUAAAGUGGACCUUUAGUUUUACAAAAAAAAAAGAAAAAAAAAGCAGGUUGUAAAAUAAACUUCUCCAUGGAUUGAACCUUGAAAGAGUUGUACGUGAUAAGAACUGUGACUACCAGCUCCUUCAGGUCCUGCUUACCGCUGAACUUUCGUUUGGUCAAAUCAGUGGUUUGUGUAUAGUUUUUUUUAUUUAGAAUAAAAGUUUUUAAACUGGAAGGCAGUUAUAAUUUUGACAACUUUUUUGGAGAUUACCACACCUAGUUGUAUGUAAGCAAGAAAGCUUUUUUUGUCUUUGUCUUUUUCUGACAGCUCUAGCAGUUACUUCAUGUUUUGGUUACAGUUUGAACAUUUGACAUGUGAACUUACGGGGUUUCAUGCUGGUUUCCAGAUUUUUGAAUACACACUAUGAAACCUUAUGUUGUGUGUUUCAAAUGUGUUACAUUUCACACACACAUAUAUAUGCACGCAUGCACACUUACGUGUACCCUCACUGUUCUAAGGGGGAAAUGGUAUAUUUUUCUGUUUCUAUAAAAGAUGAACACAGUAAAUACUUUUUUCUAUAGGGAAAGACAGAAUUCACCUCUCAAGGCACUUUGUUUUGCCUCUGGAAAAUGAAAAAAAGGAAAUCUGGCCCAUGUGAAACCCUGGAACUACGUUGAAAACACCAGAGUAAACACAUUCCAAGAGAACUGUUCAGAUUACAACACUUUUGUAUACUUCUGAGGUGCCUGAGUGAAAGGAUUUCAUUUUAUUUAUGAGAAAAUGUGCUUUAUCUUGAGAUCAUUGUAAUCAAAACAUUAGCUUCAACUUUUGUAGGAGAAAUGUUUGAAAACAUGAUAAGAAAAAUACCUUGGAAGAAACAAAACAGGUACUUUUUGAAUGCUUCUUGGAACAUUGUGAACAUUGUAGAGAAGUCUCAGUUACCCCAAGGUAGGCGGAUAGCAUUGGUAAACUCACACCACUGUACUGGAAGGAUAAAUCCAUGACCAUAGUUAUGUACCUGAGCUGAAGACUGAAAGGUUUAGGGGUGCAGAGAAAUCACCAUGAAUUUGUACAACAUUUUGGAAGUGAACUAAGUAUUUUUGAACAUGCUACUUUGACAGCCAGUGUUACGUUUUCUUUUCCAGACCAGCUCAAAGCACAAACUACUGCUUUAAACUCUUGGUAUUUUCCAGCUCCCAUAUUUAAAGACAUGCAAGCUGCAACCUCCCGGUCACAAUUACUGGCUGCCAAAUUUCUACCUGUUUCUUCAACUGUACCUUUUUGAUAUUUAGAGUUUUUAAAUUUCUGUAAAGUAGAUUUUUUUGUAGAUUGUAAUGAGUGCUCACUGCCAUUGUGGAACGGUAUAUAAUUGUAUAAUUCCUGUGUGUAAACUGAAUGCUUGGGCUUUCAAUACAGUAUUCAUAUAAAGCAAUAAAUAUUAAUGUUAUGAAAUAUCCGAGUACAUUUUUAUCAGAAUUGUCCCUCUUUUUGGUUUUUAAGUUCAGAGCUGAAGUACAAAAAUGACCUCUAAAAUGCAUGCUGAUAGUUUCUUGUACUACUACAUGGUAUGCUUGGGAUCGGUUGGGGAGAAUCUUAGGUUUUGGUUAAUACCAGAAUAAUUUGGCUCGGAGGGAGUAUUUACAAAGCUAUUUCUUGCUGAUGUUACCUUUCAAGUUCUAAGCUGACAGGAUUCAGGGAGGUGCUUGCCAAAACAAUAAACAUCUCAUUGCUGGAGAUCCCCUUACUGAAGGAAAAUUGUACUGUGACUCACUAACAUUGUGCUGAAGGGUUGGAUGUGUGUUACAAAACUAAAGGACUGAACCAAAAUGUUGGCAUGAGGAAAGUUUAAAAUACAGCUACAGCUUCCACUGCUUUGGUCUUGGGUCUUUCUUUUUUCAAUAUUUUGCCAAUGAGACAAUUUUAAGGUUUCUAAGUUCAGAGAUUUCUGAAGUUUUCUUUAGACUGUUUAUUUGUGAAGAUACUGUCAAUAAACUACUUCUUUAAGCA